GGAAGAUACCCGGAUGAGAAAGAAGGAACAGUUUUUCAUAACACAAUGCUUUGUUUUGUGAUUAUCGGUUCAAUUGAUCCCAUUUAAUAUCACGUAUACACACAAAACCACUCAUGAAGAAGAGAAUGUUUUCCAAGUUCACAAAUUAUCUCCAUCAAGCUGUGGAAGCGCUUGCCCCACAGAUUCCCUUGCAGGAGGAAUUUGUGUACCAUUGGAAAUCUGUAACUGGCUACUUCAUGGACAACAAAGGCGACAAGUUGCCAGUAGACCAGACCAGUAUUCCCGUACACCUGGACCAGAUGGUAGUACUACUACAGCAGGAGGAGAGUGAGGCAGACAGGAACACCACAGGGCCCUGUAUGGAAUACCUCCUUCAACAUAAACUUCUAGAGACCCUCUACUCCCUUGGCAGGACUGAUCAUCCUCCGGGUAUGAAACAGGCCGUUCUGACAUUCUUCACAAAGUUAUUGUCUCGACUGGAGCAGCCAUUACUACCCCAUGUCAAUGUACACAGAGCUGUCCAUCGUCUUGUAAAAGCGUGCGGUGAAGUGAAAGCGGCCCCGUCAGAAAUCGAGGAGAUCCAGUUCCUUUGUACUGUAUGUGCCAAAAUCAAAGAGGACCCAUAUCUAGUCAACUUCUUUAUUGAUAUGCCAAAGAAAAAGACAACACCUGGAGCGGCCAAGCCAGUUACAGCACAGCCCUGUGAAGUGUCACAUCAGCCACCUGAGGAGCAGGCUCCUACUAGUGCCAGCAUGAAAAAGGAGUUCAGUCUUGUGUCUUCCCUCCUCAUACUCACACAUAGUGCGGACAGUCGUGUGGCAGUGAAGGCCUGUGAGGGCCUGAUGCUGUGUGCCAGUCUCCCAGAGCCUGCUGCCGCCCAAUGUAUUGUUGAAGACACCUCCUUCUGUACAGAGCUGUCUCAGCGACUCGUCGAGUCAUACCUCAAACUACCGUCACUAGUCAAUCCUGUUGAUCUGGAAAAUGUGGAGGCUAAGUGGGGACUGGAUGUGAUAACGGAGAGCGAGGAUCAUCAGACGUUUCUCGGGAAGCGUCACCUGGUUUCCUUUCUGUCCUGGUUGGAUUACUGUGAUCAGCUGAUUGGACUGUCCAAUCCGACUGUAGCGAAAGCUUUAGCUCAGUCUAUCAGAAACUUAUUCCUGGGCGUGAUAAUGGAGCCGUCCAUCCUACAGACAUCUGAGUCUGGAGCUGUGCUGGCCACAGCCUACCUGACUCGUUGUCUGCGGACCAUCAGCUCACCUCCAUUAUUAUUAGAGUUUUCCAAAUUUAUCCUUGGAGACAGUCGGGAGCCAGAGGUUGCAAGUGAAGCUGACAGUCCUGUCCGAGAUAGGCUCAUACAGCGCUGUAACCAUCUGUCAGACGAGGAAGCUGUACAGACACAGUUAUGUCUGGUCACCUUGAAGCUGUUUGAUACACUGCUGCAGAAGGAGGAGGAACAUAUCUUGCAUAAUCUGGUUCUUCGGAAUAUGAUUGGUCGAAAAUACUAUAAGGAGGAGGAGCCUGAAGUGAAAGAGGAGGAGUCUACUGGUGCUACAGAGAAUGUGACAGUUGUCAAUCCGCCAACUGAUCCUGUCUCUAUCUCUGAAACUGUGUCCAAAACAGAGGGUUCUGUUUCAGAUUCAGGUACAGAAGCCAAGCCACUGGUGAAUGGAUUAGAAAGGAGUCUAUCUGUGGAUUCUACAGGCACAGGAUCCAGUUUGUCUUUUAGUUCCACUCCCAUCACAUCACCGAGCAGAGGCAAAUCAGAGGUGCACAAAAUUGUCAACAGUUUUCUGACUCUACUGCCGGAGGAAUUGAAGUCUAGUUACCAGACCGCAGACAGUGGCUAUGAUAUGUACCUACGUGACGCCCAUAAACAGUUUAAAGAUGUGAGUACAAUGUGUGCUGGGUGGACAUGGCCAAGCGAGGCUGUACCCAAGGGAGACAAUCCUGAAUCAGCAUUCUACGAAGGUGGCUUCCUCAAAAUGCUUUUAGACAAGCUCUCCCACAUGCUCCAUCAGUCGUACUCCAUGAACCUUCAGGUGACCUUGUUGGUGUCCAAACUGGCCAUGCUACCCCACCCUCACCUCAGUGAAUACCUGCUGGAGCCCAGUCUGUCUGUACAGGACGGUACCAGGACACUCUUCUCUGUCCUAACCAAGAUUGCCAGUGAAAUUAAUGUGAAGCUUGGCAACGACCCAGGCCUGAGCCAGAAACUGGUGGUUGCUAGGAAACAGCUGAUGGGCAUGUCACAAAACAUUCACAGACUGAGGAAGUUAAACACUACUAACAUUGGAUUGGAAGGUCAAGGUCAACUGGAAGCCAUUAUUGUCCUUGAAGAAUUCUGCAAGGAGUUGUCUGCUAUUGCUUUUGUGAAACACCACGCUGCCGUGACAAGGACAUGAUCAGAGGUGAAAGGAGUAAACCAUUUGUGUUCACAUGGAUCCUGCAUAAUCCAGCCUUGACCUGCUUUAGUAAAGGAACUGUAAACUCAAGCCUUAUACUAAACUACCCAGCACAUAAAGUGUACAUGCCAGGUGCCAAAAUACUUAGUUUUACAAAUAUUUUGCAUAUUAAGGUUAUAUGCUACCUUUCAAAUCGUACUUGUGAUUAUUUGUUAGAAUUGUCUCCCUUUGAUUUUUAAAAAUAAGCUUUAAAAAAUAAUUCAGAAGUAACUGAGCCCUUUAAAUGCAUGAAUUUUUGUAUGCCUUUUAAACGUCUCAUCCGUGUAAAAUUUCAGAAGGUAUGUUUUACAGAUUUCUUUCUCAGAAAUCUUUAUUUUAAAAAAGCAUGCUGCAGCAAGGUAACAUAUAUAUAUCCUAUAGAUGUUUUAGAAUAAAACUCUCCAAUUGAGUGUCAGAUUACUCUAACAUUUACCUUUUAAUGAAGUUACACAAAACAAAACAAAAUGACGAUUAGUUAAAUCCAAACUCUGAGAAAAAGGAGUUCUUUUCUCAUGUGUUGUUAUUUAGAACAAAGGCCAAAUUGAGUCGAUAAUAGAAGUAAAAGAUAAGCAAUAAUGAACAUGUGCUGACUUAGGGUACGUGGAAGGUAGGUAACGUACCUUGAUCAAUUUACACUUUUGCUGAAAGGGUACCUGAAGUAAAUUAUUGUAGUUAAGAUAAGAGCAUAUAUUAUUUUUGAGUAUUUAUGAGUGAUUAUUAUAAAGGAGAAGGAUUUAAUAACAUUCUAACAGUAUUAUUUGUUGAUAUGGAAUUAUAUUUACUAUGUUUGACUAUGGUCUCAAAUAUUUUAAGUAGGAAGAGGAAUAUUAAGAAUAUAUAAUAUACAAUAUAUGACUGUCCAAAUGAUUCUAGUCUAUAAAAGUAUAGUUUCCAUGGUAACUGAUGCUACCCAUUAACUUUGGUAUCAAUGACUUAUUAAUGUCCUGUCUUCCAGUCAAUCCCUGGUGUGAUUGGGAGGAUGAUAACGAUACAGCUGCUGUAUGUGUUUGUCAGCAUGAUGUAUUGAUGUGUGCACUGUAUGCGAUUAUUAUGCGAGAUUGAGGUUAUGUAUAUGAGUGUAGUGCUAUAUAUGUAAGUGUAAAGCUACAUGUUUGAAUCCAAAUUCAUUAGGUGUAUGUAAGGCUACAGAUGUAGACCCAUCUUAUUAUAGGAGAGAUACAUGCCCCCCAUGGCCCUAGGCUAUUAGGCUACUACAUACUGGGAAAUCUUUGCCUAGUCAAACUUUCGCCCAUCGCCAGUAAAAUCAAUAUUGGCCCAAUUUUAAAUUUGCCCUUCACAUUAAAUUCAUUUGAGGGCCAAAAAGGCAAAAUUUAACUGGAGCAAAAAUUUCCAGUAUACAUGUAAAUUUGGGUACUUUGAAUUACUGAAAAUUAAGUUGUCUCUGCAGUAUUCAUUGGAGUCAGUGGCUCAACCCGAUUUAAUUCAUGUAAUGUGAUAAUUCUCCAAUCAAAACCUUGAAGGUGAUCCAAUAAUCUAGGCCAGACUUUAUUAUUGGGAACAAAACAGGCCAUGAUACUCUCCCCUUAUCCUUUAGGUCACACUUGAGAUAUUGCUGGGGUAGACUUGCCCAACAUGUGAGAUGAUACCCCACAUUAAUAACACUGCUUUCAAUUUAGGGAGAUUAGGAUCACUGCUCUGUUCCUACAUGGUAUAAAACCCAACAUUUUUAAUUUUGAAGUUUAAUAAGUGUGUAAAUUUAGUACAUUUGCCAUCAACUUUGAGUUAAAAUUGGAUUUUUUCAGAAAAUUGUUCAGCAGGAUCAGUACCAGGGUAUUAGGUAUUUGAUUCUGUUUACUUUAAGUGGACCACAGACUUGGUGUGCUAUCCGAGGGCUGUGAAUGAAAGGGUAAUCUUAUGAAAACGGACAGUAUUUCACUUGUUCAAGCUGAAUGAAUGUUGAUUGCUUUGUUGUACAUACUGUUGACCUGUUACUGGUGUGCUGUUUCUAUGACGAUGUAUAUCACCAGGUAUACCGGGUCGUUGUUUCUGUUUUUGACAUAUAACUGCCAUAUAUUUACACAAUUUGCUGAGCAAUUGUAUUUUGUAAAUCUCAAGAGGGGUAAAAUUCUUCAUUAUGUUUUUUCAAUUCGCAUACAUAUUGUUUCUGUACUUUUAUAUACAAUUGUCAUGAUCUUAUUGUUUUAUUUGUUUUUCAACAAUUUUAUUUUGUCUGCAAUAUUGUUUA